UUAAAUAUAUCUAAGAAAACAGCUUCAUGUUUUGUGAACUUCUCCAGACAACAGCAGAUGACAGAUAUACAAGCUGAAAUCUACCAGAAAAACCUGGAAAUUGAACUCCUGAAACUAGCAAAAGACACGGAAGAUGUUGUUCAUUCUUUCUUUUUGGCUCCGAAGUGUCAUACCCUGCAAAGCAUGAAUAAUCAUUUGGAAACAGUGUUAAAAGAGACGAGAUCCCUCAGGCAAAGACUACUGAAACCCAUGUGCCAGGAGAACUUACCUAUUGAAGCCAUUUAUCAAAGAUCUAUGGUACAUUUGCUGGAGUUGCCUGUGACUUUCAUUGAGAAAUUAGAAACUUAUCUGGAAACAAUUAGAAAUGUACCUCAUUUAGAUGCAAAUCUAAAGAAAAUGAGCCAGGCUUUAGCAAAGAUGGAUGUUUUGGUGACGGAGACAGAAGAACUAGCAGAGCAUAUACUCAAGUGGCGAAAACAACGAAAGGAAGUUUCCUCAUGUAUCCCCAAACUAUUAGCUGAAGAAAAUGUUCUUCAUAAACAUGAUAUUAUUACGUCUCCUUCACCUUCUACUUCUAAAGUUCAUGCCCAAACUAUUAAUGCCAAAUGAUCUUCAACUUUAUUUUUACUUAAUUAUAUAUACUCACAU